AUGUCAUCCGCCAAGCAAAGAAUUCAAGCUGUAAAGCAGCAUUUAACACCUGAACAAGAAUAUGCCCAAGCUGUCGAUCCUGUUGCCAGCAUGAAUGAAGAAAGAGCCAAGGCCUCGUUCGAUAUUCGUGCAUUGACAGUGCUCAUGGAUGGCGGUCAAAAGCAGACUGAUUUGAAAGAAAAAAUCAUGCAAGAAUUAGAAAGAGAUCCAUUGUUCAAGAUGGACGAUAUUCAUGACAUUUCCAAGUCUGAACUGCGUGAACGCACCAUGGAAAAGUUCCGUAGUAUGCUUCAUCACCUUCAGAACGAAUCUGUCGAGACAUUUAAAAAGCGUAUGGAAAUUGUCAGUUUAAUCGACCCUGGAUUCUGGACUCGAUUUGGUGUUCACUACGGUUUGUUUGUCGGUGCAUUGCAGAGUAACGCUACUCCUGGUCAAUUGGGUUACUGGUUCGAAAAGGGUGCUCUUUCAUUAUCAAACUUUGUUGGUUGUUUUGCCAUGACUGAAAUCGGCCAUGGUUCCAACGUGCCUGGAUUAGAAACAACGGCUACUUUUGAUGAGGCUUCUGAUCAAUUCAUCAUUCAUACCCCUACUCUCACUGCUACCAAGUGGUGGAUUGGCGGUGCUGCUCACUCUGCUACCCAUGCCGCUGUCUUUGCUCAAUUGAUUGUCAAGGGCAAAAAAUACGGUACCAAGUGCUUUGUCGUUCCUUUGAGAGAUCCCAAGACCUACAACCUGUUGCCUGGUAUUAAUAUUGGCGAUAUUGGUAAAAAGAUGGGUAGAGAUGGUAUCGAUAAUGGUUGGAUUCAAUUCACCAGUGUCAGAAUUCCUCGUGGAUACAUGCUUCAAAAGCACACUAAGGUGUCGAGAACGGGUGAUGUCAAAGAACCGAAGCUUCAACAAUUGACAUAUGGUGCCCUUUUGCAAGGUCGUGUCACCAUGGUUGCUGAUAGUGGUCAUUUCUCUAAGAAGGCUCUUUCUAUUGCCAUUCGUUAUGCUGCUGUGCGUCGUCAAUUCGCUGGCUCUAAUGCUAACGGUAUCGAGACCAAGCUCUUGGAUUACCCUAUUCAUCAACGUCGUUUGAUGCCCUUGUUGGCACAAACAUUUGCCAUGCUGUUCACUGGUACUGAAAUGACCGACAUGUACAACAUUAUGAUGUCCAGAUUGGAUGGUGCCAAGGAAGGUGAUGAUGAUUUAGAUGAAGUGAUUGAAAUCCUCAAGGAAACCCACUCUACCAGUGCUGGCCUCAAGGCAUUCUGUACCUGGAACUGCUUAAGUACAAUCGAAGCGUGUCGUCAAGCCUGUGGUGGUCAUGGUUAUUCCGCAUACACUGGUUUAGCUCAAAUGUACCAAGACUUUGCAGUCCAAUGUACAUGGGAGGGUGAUAACACAAUUUUGACAUUGCAACUGGGACGUUACCUCAUCAGCAGUUAUCGCGAUGCGUUGAACGGCAAGAAGCUCUCCCCUGGUGUUGGUUAUCUCAACAACCUUGAUAAACUCAUUGGCAAGAAGUGCCAAAUCAAGAAUCUCGAAGAACUCCUAUCACCUGAAGUCAUCAUUGAGGGCUGGCAAGUCGUCUGUGCCAAUGUGGUUAGAAAUGCAGGUAUCGAGUUUGAAGAGAAUCUCAAGAAGGGUAUGGAGACCGAUGAUGCCUAUGAACAAUGUUCUCAAUCACGUCUCUAUGCUGCCAAACUUCAUUCCUUUGGCUAUCUCUUUAACCGUUUCGCUGACGGUGUUUCCAAAGUCUCGGGCAACGAAUACGAUAUUCUCAUCAAGGUCUGUCUAUUGUACGGUCUUUACUCUAUUGAAGAAAACGCUGGCGCCUUUUUACAAUACGAAUACUUCACGCCUGCUCAAAUUGAAUUUGUGCGUAGCAGUGUGAACAAGUUGUGUAAGGAUGUACGUGAUCAAGCCAUCCCUUUGGUAGAUUCAUUCAAUUUGAGUGAUUACAUUAUCAAUAGUCCUUUGGGCCGUAAGGAUGGCAAUGUCUACGUCCACUACUUUGAACAAGUCAAGCGCUCGAAUCCUCAAGGUGAGCACCCUUACUUUGAUCGUUUGAUCAAGCCUUUGAUCGCUCGCGAGGUUGAAGGUGGUGAUUAUGAGGAUGAAGAGGCUGGUCUAGAGUCUGAAGAUGAAGAUGACGAGUAG